AGUGCUUGUGAGAACAUAAUUGAUGGAGCUGAGAGCUAAUUUGAUGGCCACUCCCAUUUCCACCAUCUGCCUCUUGAGGUUUCUGCUGUAUGCUUCCCUUCUUUCCUUGAAGAGUGGCUUUGCUAUUGAAGGAAGAGAGAGUGCAGAGAGCCACCAUGUCCAACCCAUUCAUCACAAUGUUCAUAUCACUUCUCUCAUGCCAUCAAGUGCUUGCAGCCCCUCUCCCAAAGGCCAUGACCAAAGGGCAUCUCUAGAAGUGGUUCACAAACACGGACCAUGUUCGAAACUCAGACCACACAAGGCCAAUUCUCCCUCUCACACCCAGAUACUCGCCCAAGACGAGUCUCGCGUCGCCUCAAUUCAAUCAAGGCUAGCCAAGAACCUUGCAGGUGGAAGCAAUUUAAAGGCCUCUAAGGCCACCCUCCCAAGCAAGUCCGCAAGCACACUCGGAUCAGGCAACUAUGUAGUGACAGUAGGCCUUGGCUCACCAAAAAGAGACCUCACUUUCAUAUUUGACACUGGGAGUGACCUCACUUGGACUCAAUGUGAGCCCUGUGUAGGGUAUUGUUACCAACAACGAGAACACAUCUUCGAUCCCUCCACAUCCCUCUCUUACUCUAACGUCUCUUGUGACUCACCAUCAUGCGAAAAACUCGAGUCUGCCACCGGCAACUCUCCCGGCUGCUCAUCCUCCACUUGUCUUUACGGCAUACGAUAUGGUGACGGGUCCUACUCUAUUGGAUUCUUUGCUAGAGAAAAGCUUUCCUUGACAUCCACAGAUGUGUUCAAUAAUUUCCAAUUCGGGUGUGGCCAAAAUAACCGUGGUCUAUUUGGUGGCACAGCAGGGUUGCUGGGAUUAGCGCGUAAUCCUCUAUCCCUUGUGUCUCAGACAGCUCAAAAGUAUGGCAAAGUUUUCUCCUACUGCCUCCCAUCUUCCAGCAGCUCAACCGGAUAUCUUUCCUUUGGAAGUGGUGAUGGAGAUUCUAAAGCAGUGAAGUUUACCCCGUCUGAGGUGAACUCAGACUACCCCUCAUUUUACUUCCUGGACAUGGUGGGGAUAAGCGUUGGUGAACGCAAAUUACCGAUACCUAAAUCGGUGUUUUCCACAGCAGGCACCAUCAUAGACUCGGGGACAGUCAUAAGUCGAUUGCCCCCAACAGUAUACUCUAGUGUUCAGAAAGUUUUCCGGGAACUGAUGUCCGAUUAUCCAAGGGUAAAGGGAGUUUCUAUACUUGACACUUGCUAUGACCUUAGCAAAUAUAAGACUGUGAAAGUACCCAAGAUCAUUCUUUACUUCAGUGGUGGUGCGGAGAUGGACUUAGCUCCAGAAGGGAUCAUUUAUGUUUUGAAGGUAUCACAAGUCUGCCUGGCUUUUGCCGGAAACAGUGAUGACGAUGAAGUGGCCAUAAUAGGAAAUGUGCAGCAAAAAACAAUUCAUGUGGUGUACGAUGACGCUGAAGGGAGGGUUGGGUUCGCCCCAAGUGGCUGCAACUAAAAUCCUUAUACAUAUACAAGGGUGGAUUAAUAAAUGGGCAAAAGGUGUGACAAUCCUUUGAAAAAGCAGCAGUUAUACAAAGUAAAGCAUAUGGGCUUCCAUUUAGGAUGCGCCAAGUUUUCUUAAGUCACCAGACUUAAUAUAUGGGUGGAAUAUAAAAAGGCCAAAUAAUGUAACUUCUAAUGUAAUAAACGAAAUGUGUUUUGAACUUA